UUUACCGUCAUCAGACAAUGAAAAGGGAAUUUAAAUCAUUAAACUUCCUUUUUUUUUUUUUUUUAAGAUUUAUUCCAUUUACUUGAAAGACAGAGUUACAGAGAGAGAUUACAGAGAGAGUUACAGAGAGAGUUACAGAGAGAGUGAGAUAGAGAAAGAGCCCUUCCAUCCGCUGGUGCACACCCCAAAUGGCCAGACCAAAGCCAGGGGCCAGGAGCUUCUUCCCAGUCUCCCAUGUGGUUGAUGGGUGAAAAAGACAAUGAACUCUAUAGGGCCAGCACUGUGGCGUAGCGAGUAAAGCCACCGCCUGCAGUGCCAGCAUCCCAUACAGACACCAAUUCGAGUCCCGGCUGCUCCACUUCCUAUCCAGCUCUCUGCUAUGGCCUGGGAAAGCAGUAGAAGAUGGCCCAGGUCCUUGGGCCCCUGCACCCACGUGGGAGACCUGGAACUGCUCCUGAUUCCUGGCUCCUGGCUUCGGAUCAGCACAGCAGUUGCAGCCAAUUGGGGAGUGAACCAGCAGAUGGAAGACAUCUCUCUCUGCCUCUCCUUCUCUCUCUGUGUAACUCUGAUUUUCAAAUAAAUAAAUAAAUCUUAAAAGAGACGAGAGAGAGAGAGAGAGAGAGAGAAAGAGAGAGAGAGAGAGAGAGAAACAAUGAACUCUACAGAACACAAACACACCCCUCCCCCUGGCUCAGCCUCCAGUGGGAGCCCAGGGAGCCGGGAAGGAGAGCUGGUACCCCAGGUCCAUCCCUGCAGCGCUGUAGGUGCUCUGUGCCGCCCUGUCCUGCAGUCAGGAGACAGAGGCAGAGAGGAGCAAUGGUUUGUGCAGUCUGGCCUCUCUGGCCCCAUGUCCUACGGUGACCUUGCUGCUGCUCAGGGUAAAUUUUUUUCCCUCGCCUGGCCUGUGGCUGGUGGGCUCAGGGAGUGAGGACGCAAAGCUGUGGGAGUGCGCUGGGCUUUAGUGGAGCUGCUGUUUGCUUGCCUGGGGGUGGAGGGUGGGGGUUGGGGCGGCCAGCCCCCGGUGAGGGUUCCUCAGUGGGUCCCCGGGGCCAGCCACACUGGGCCAGCAGCUGUCCUGCCUGCCGCCCCACCCCAGCCCCGUCCUGCCCAGGCUCGAAGCUGUCUGCAGCAGGCCCUCUGCUCCCUGCUGCCGUCUGCCUUGCUUCUUGCUAUCUAUGGCUCCUCCAGGCCAGAGCGCUUAGCAGCCCUGGCCCCUGAGGGUCCCCAGUUCCAAGGGCUACUCUUGCUGGGGGAGGGGGGACCAGGUGGCUCCCCCCGGGCAGGUCUCCCCAGCUGUCCCUGGUGAUGCAGAUGCCAGGCUGCCUCUCCCUGCACCCGGUGGGCAGAUGAGUGAUGACAAGGAAGGAGAGGCGGGAGUGAACCGGGGAGUCUCCCCACUCCCCUCCCAACUCCUCACCCCGGACCCUCUGCACCCUAGGUCACCACGGCUCAGCUUGGGUCAGCUUCAGGGAGCGGCCAGGGCCCCUGCUCAGGCUGACCUGAGUCAAGUCCCAGCCUACCCUGUCCUGCGGGGCACAGGAUGCUGGUUCCUUCAGGAACCUUCCACAGCCCCUGCAGCUGGCAUCUCUGGCUGCACCAAGCCCUGCUCCCCCACCCCCACCCCACCUCCCGCAGCUCUGGUGUCCAGAGUGACCAGAGCUGCCUCUGGGCAGGAAGCCAGGCCAGAAGGCCCAGGACAUCCCUGAGCGCCUGUCGCCAUGGCAACCUGUGCACUCUGUCCGCCCCCCAAGUCCAGUCCAUUUUUCAAAGACUUCAGAAUGGGAAGGGCCUGGGAGACCGGCAGAGGCCAGCCCCUCCCCUGCUCCAGGGAAGUGAGGCCCCAGUGGGGAAGGGAGGGGGCCCUGUUGACUGACGACCAGACCCCCAGCUCUGCUCCUGGCGCCCCGGGGGUCUGCAGCCAGCUCUCCCUGCACACGGCGGGCCCCCAUCCUGCUGGGAGGGUGGGGGCGGGCGGCACAGGAACCCGACACCCACGAUGAAUAAAUGAUGCCCGCCUGCUCGCCAGCCCGCGCCCGGAGCUCGCCGCCGCCGUCACCGUCACCGAGAGCCACCUGCCUGGCAGGAGCAUCGCCCCGGGUUCCCUCGGCCACAGCUGCGCGAGCGCCGCGAAGAUGGCGCGGCUACCGCCCGGCGCGGGGCCCCUCUGGGGGCUGGGCGGCGCCGCGCUCGGGGUUUGCCUCGCGGGGGUCGCCGGGCAGCUGGUGGAGCCCAGCACGGCUCCGCCCAAGCCCAAGCCACCCCCGCUGACCAAGGAGACAGUGGUGUUCUGGGACAUGCGCCUGUGGCACGUGGUGGGCAUCUUUUCCCUCUUCGUGUUGUCCAUCAUUAUCACCCUGUGCUGUGUCUUCAACUGCCGUGUGCCACGGACCCGGAAGGAGAUCGAAGCCCGGUACCUGCAGCGGAAGGCAGCCAAGAUGUACACAGACAAGCUGGAGACCGUGCCACCCCUCAAUGAGCUCACGGAGAUCCCGGGAGAGGAGAAAAAGAAGAAGAAGAAAGAGGACAGUGUGGACACAGUGGCCAUCAAGGUAGAAGAGGACGAGAAGAAUGAGGCCAAGAAGAAGAAAGGGGAGAAAUGAGGAGCGCGCCCUGCAGGCAGCAGCUGGGGCUCGCAGGCCCUGGAGCUCGAGUCCGGGGACUUGGACUCAGCUCAUGCGAGAACCGAGGGCGGUGGCCAGAGGGGAAAGCAGAGGCCCACAGCCAGCAGGUGCCUGCUGGAUCCCACUGCUCCUAUGCCCUCCCUGUGGGCACUGUGCUCAGCACAGGUGGCCUGGGCCACCCUGCAGAUACAGAGCAGCCGCACACUGCGCUCCCUGCCCACGUGUGCCUCGGCCCCACCCACUCCUCAAAGGACAGCAGUGGCCGUGGCUGUGUGGGAUUCUGAAUUGAACGGUGGGGGUGAGGCCGCCCUCAGCCUAGCUGUGAAGAGGGAGAGAGGGAAGUGGGAAGAGGGGGACACUGGGAGAGCAGGAGGGCUCAGAUUGGGCCAGGCAGCCGCUGUGAGGGGCGGGAGACUGCCCUACUCUUGGCAGGGGGCGGAAAAGGGUUCCAGACCAGAGGAGUGAGCAGAGGGCUGAGACGGGUGGACCUGAGGCAGCAGGGAAAAGAGCAGGGAAGAGACCCCUGGCUGCUGGGGUGCAUCGGGGAUAUCUGAGAAGCCACGGGGACCCGCAGCUGUGCUGGUAGCCCUUUCGACGCCUGCUGGGCUCACGGCAGGGAGUGGGUUCUACCAGCCUUCCACCUGCUGAAUAAAACAGCGUACAGCUCC